AUGAUAAUGAAUAACCACGACUUCAGUGGUCAUAUUUGGGAGUUCGAAGAAGACACAAUAGAGCUUACUUUAGAGCUAGAUGACAAAGAAGGAGAGGAUGAUGAAGUUACUCAGUCUGAAAAAGUAACAGAGAAUGGUGAAGAAGCUGAGACUGAUGAGGACUUUCAAACUCCAAAACAGUCAAGAGACAGUGACUCUUCGGCUAGGAAAGGGAAGAAGAGGCUCUUGGAUCGUGGUAUGGAAAAAAUGAAGCAUAAGGUACUCUCUGCUAGACCACAGCAAGCUCCCCUUGGUGAAGAUAUGAAGACUUGGAUGGCGCAGUUAUUUCAGCAAAAUAUUGAAGCAAUGGAAGAUAGGCUUCAGAAACAGAUGGCUGAGAGAUUUGAGAAGAUGCAGUCUGAGCUAAAAGGUCACUUAAGUUUGAGUGACGGAGUAUAUAUGGACUUCGAUGCAGAGAUAGGUACCCAAGGCGUAGAAGGGCUUUGUCAGGCAUCAUUUGUGCCCGGAUUUGAUCCAUCGCAGACCAAUAGGGAAGACGGGACACGUGAUUUUUGGACUCCAUUGACUUCACUUCGAUCUCCAGUAACUGUGGCAAAGGAAGGAAGUUCAGCUCCACCGCCUACAAGGUGGGAGAAGUGGUACAAAGGAGGAGUUAAAACACUCCAGCUCAGUGAUUCACCACUUCCUCAAGAUGCUUCUCCGGAGUCCCUGUUGUAUUAUGUUGCAGAAGACACAUGGACCAGAUUCAGUGAAUGGUCUAUGAAUCCAAAAACUUUACGGAUUGGUCCUACAGCCUUCAACAUGACCAUAGCUACACGGAUUAUUGCAGCUGGAAAAUGGCUUGGAAAUGAGGAAAUGGAUGCGUUUAUGUAUAUGUGGCGAGAGAAGACAUCUCUGCGGCGUUGGAACGUAGACCGCAUUGCUUUCAUGACAGCUACGUUCUGCCUCCAAAUCGACACAGCAUAUCGCAAGUUUACUUGUAACAAAAGAAGUAUCAGUUGCCCGAUUUUCUUCUUGCUUACGAUAGAGGAGAGCUUCCAGCUUAUGGGCGGACUAACAAAACUUGGGGUGUUGAUGUUGAUAAAGUGUACUUCCCAUUGUUUGUGA